UGCUAUUCAAAUUUUAUUUCUGGAGUUCUUGGAGAGGUAAAUUCGAAAAUACUGGGCUUAAUGAAGUGAUGCCAUGCGGAGGUUUCUCUCUCAUCUCGGGCUCUUUGUUUUUGUUUUGUUUUGUUUUUCUUUUCUCCCAUGUGUUUUUAUUUGAUGAAUUUCUGGCUGGAGAGGACGUGGUGUUGGUUUCUUUCAACUUCAUAAACAUAGUCACCUCUGUUUGUGGGGUUUGUAUUAGCUGAGCUGGCUGCUCCUGGGCACAGACCCCCGGGGGAAGGGUCCUGGGGAGCAGCGUUGGGGAACAGGCAGCCCACAGCCUUCCAGGACCGUCUCUAGCAUCUCUCUUGCCAGUGAGGACAGAGGACAGCAGAUCCCAAAAAGGGGGCUGCAUCCCACCGCAGGCUUGCCGGGUCUGCUCGGCACCCGGCUCCUGGCUGAAUCCCACCCUGGAGGAUCCUGCCCGGGACUCGCCACUCGACAUCCACGGAAUGAUGUGUGUAGAUCAACUUUUGUGGCAUGAAGUAUUUUCAGCUUCGCAGCUGCGCUGAUAGAGAAGGGCUCCUUUCUGCAUUAAAAUGCGGUGCUCUGGAGUUAAUGACCUCCACAGAAUGCCACCUGCCACCCGGAGCGCCGUGGGUGAUGCCGAGGAUGGGGGGGAGAGUGAAAGGGGGACCUGGAUGCUGGUCUCCUGCUUGUGGGGGGAGCUGCAGGGAGGCGAGGGCCCGUGCACUUGCCAGCUGUCAUUUGGGGGUGGGCUGUCCCUGGCUGUCCCAAGGCUAUCGGAAUCUGGUGGUGUCCCUUUCUAAAUGCCUUGCUCGCCACGUGCAGACCCUCAGAGCUGGAGUUUGGGGGCGCCAGGCCUCCCCCAGAGCCCCGUGGCUUCUGCAGGGCAUCCCUCGGCCCUGGAGGCCCCCCCAGAGCCCCACGGAGAGCCGCCAGCUCUCGUAGGGGAGGCUGCCGCCUUUCAUACUCGGGCCCACUCUGGCUUUCCAGAGCCGGCCCAGGAGCGCGAACUGAACCUCUGGGCGGGCUGCACGGGCUGGCUGGAUGGCUGGGCUUUCCAGAAACGCCGAGCAGCUGGCCACAGAUCGGGGCGACUGUUGUGUCUCCACCCUGGCGAACGUCGCGGAGGGCUCCGGAGGCUUUGUCGCCAGCACUUAGGAAAAUGGCUGCCAGGAUCGUGUGUGCGAGCACUUGUGUCUCCAGCUAGGCGAGCAGGACUCCUGCGGAAGGCCCCGCGCCUCCGGCUCUGGGGAGGCCCUGGCUCCGCUCCACACCGGCGGCUCCCGGAGAAUGGCUGCCUGGGCCUGGCGGGUCGCGGCCGCUCAGCAAGCCUCCCUGGGAUGAGAGCGCUCAUCGCCAGGCCUGCUGCCUCCCGUCCCUGGGUCUCCUGCCUCCGCCUGGAGGGAAGUCCCGGGGUCCCGGCAGUGGCUCUCCUUCCGCACCUGUUGAGUGAGGCCCCAGGCAUCUGUGUGAGGCGGGGGACUCGGGCUCCAGUGGCUUCAGGUAACUGGGCCUUAGGGUCCCUGGGAAGGAGAGGUGGCUGUGCUGGUGCGCCCCCGGCCUGCAUUCCCCCGGGGGCCGGACGGCCAGCACAAGGCAGAGGGAGCGCAGCAGGGGACCUGCAGCCUGGGCCAGGCACACCGUCCUGGUGGGACCAUCACCCUCUCUGGUCGCGGCCAGUCCCCACCUUGGAAUGGCGGGAGCCUGUCAGGGUGGCAGGCUGCAGCCCAGGGUCUGGCCCCGAGUCCCCCUCCUACCCCGCAGUCUUCUCUUUCCUGCCCGGCCCCGUCGGCAGGGCCUCUGAAUCAGCCUUCCCCACGCCUAGCCCGCGUGUACGGUCUUUCUCCACAAUGCGUCUUGCUGGCCUCCAGGUCUGUCUUCGCUGCCGUGACCCCAGCCCUCCUGGAUACAUCAGCAUUGUCCUCGGUGGUGCCUGUGCCUCCAGGCUGGCCUCCCUGAGACCCCACCUGGGGCUGCCCGUUGAGUGGAAGCUCUGUGCCUCCUCUCCUGCCCAUCGGUGA